AUGUCUGAAAAUGUGGCUUCUGAUGAUGUUCUUUCAGAGGACGCUGAGGAGCAGUUAUACACACAUCUCAUCCAGGCCGGGACAUCUCUUCUAGAGCUCUCGUAUACCAAUGAGGAGCUCUUGCAAGAAUUGGAUAAAUUAGAGAAUCUCUUGUCAAAAAUGAGACAAGGGAUGAAGCAAAACAAGACAAUGAGAAAGGUGCUGCGACCUGCAACGAAGGCACUGGUGGGACUCCUGGGACAUGGAGAAUGGGAUGUCAAGAUUUCCGUGACAUUAUGCCUCACUCAGCUAAUGAGAAUAACAGCCCCUAAUGAGCCUUUAGAAGAUGAUUACAUGAAGGAAUAUUUUCAGUUGGUUGUGAUGGCAUGUGAAAAAUUGUCAUGCAUGGCUGGUCAUGGCUAUGUGAAGGUUUUAUCAACACUUCAGGUGUUUGCAGAUGUGCAUUUAUGUGUUGUGAUGUGCGAUUUGGAGUUAGAUGCACUACUUUUGGAGUUGUUCCAAAAGUUCUUAAAUACCAUACAGUCUAUCCAGCUUCCUGUUGUAUUUAGUAGCAUGGAGAAAAUCAUGAUUGUGGCAAUAGACAGCAGCAAUGAAAUCUCAUUGGAUCUUUUGCUUGUCCUUCUAGCUAGUGUAAAGAAGGAGAAUCUUUGUCUAUCUCCUUUUUCAUUCAAGUUAGGGGAGAGAGUUCUUCGAAAAUGUGCUUCUAAACUCAAGCCAUAUCUCCAAGAAGCAGUGAGCUGCGUGGACAUUUCUUUUGGAGAGUACACUAAUAUAGUUGCAUCUAUAUGCCAGGGUGCAACUCAAAGGGAAAAUAUGGAUGCUGAAGAGCUUCAAGCAGCUACUUCUGGUCUUGGAGAAGUUGGUCAAUCGGAACGGUCCAAAUUACUUGUGAACAGGGACACAGGCCAUGAGAGGAAUGAGGAGAAUUUAAGUGCAAAUUCAUCAAAAAUAUUGCAAUAUUUUGAUGAGAUCAACCAGCAGAGGAGUCUGGAUGUCACCAAGCAAGGGUCUCCGAAUAUUCUCUACGUGAAGAAAAGGGAUAGGAGACCCAAUUCUAAGCUAAAAGUAGAGGAGGGAUAUGAUUUUUCUUGGCUGCCUGUUGAAAAAUUUCAUUCUGAAAAGACUGGUAUGGAGAAAAAGGAUGCUGUAAAGCUUCAAGCAGCCACUGCUAGUCAUGGAGAAGUUGGUCAACUCCAACCAUCCAAAUCACAGAGGAGGGAUAUGGUCUUUCAUGUUUGCCAAUUCAAAACUCUCAUUCUAGAAAGAGGCGCACAAAGAAAAAGGUUCAGUAAGCCUCAAACUAAUUCUUCUCAUCCUUCUGAGAGAAAACACAAGGUUGCUGGAAAAGAGGUGACAACUUGA